UAAAAUUUUUUCUUCAAAGAUAAGAGACAAUAAUAAUAAUUAUUAUAGUUGUCUGAUUUUGUGGGCCAAUUUGGCAGUUUUGUGUUUGAUUGUACUAUAAAGUGUUUCACUAUUGUUUGGAGCACCUUGUUUUUAAUUUUUAAGUAAAGUGGGUUUUUACUAAUUUCAAAUAAAAGCUUUUAUUAUUUAACUUUCAUUUUUAGCUGUUUAAUAUAGAAAUAUGGAUUCUCAAGUUUCUACUGCUGGAAAAGAGAAAAGAGAACCAAUGUUUCAGCAGUCUGAGAAAGCAGUUUUAAUUGAUUUAGUAACUAAGUACUAUUCAGUUGUGGAGUGCAAGAAAACAGAUGCAGGGAGUUCUAAAAUAAAAACUGAGCAGUGGAAGAGAACUGCGCAAGAAUUUAAUGCAUCCUCACUUAUUAUGGAGAGGGAGUGGCAGUCCCUGAAAACUUUGUGGGAGAAUUUAAAGAAAGCUGCCCGAAGAAAUUUAACAGAGCAGAAGCAAAAUGCUUGGCCCACAGGUGGCGGUCCAGCUAAAAUGAUUAAGGAUGACCCACAGCUAGAUAGGGUGCUGGCAUUAAUUCUACCAACUGUCGAAGGGCUUGUAAAUGUGUAUGAUAAUGACCAUACCGAUGCUAUUGUUGGUGUUUCAGUGUCCCAACAAGAAGCGGUAUGUGACGCAGACACUGGUCCUGAAAACACACAGAGUUUGACUCAGGUAAACUUUGUUCAUACCCUGAAUAGAGACUGGACAUCUUACAGUACAUCCAUGUUACGGAACCCCAAAUGUAAAGUUCUAUGUCAGAAUAAUCUAAGUACCGCGGACAUAGAAUUUGUGGAAGAAGGUGGAAAUUCUGCACUACAGGAAAGUAGCCUCGUGGAUGCUACAAUGAAAGAAAAAGACGUGCUGAUGCCUCAAAUUAAUUCCACCCGUACGCCUUGUUCGACAAGGCAUUUGUCAAGCCGGAGGAGGCCAACUAUUAAACAGUCAGAGGCAGAGGCGCUUGCUGGGGCAAGACUUAAAACCCUAAAUUGUACCAAUGAGCAGGUUGCACAGCAGCAUGCGGUUAUGAUGAGGAUUCUAGAUUUGCAGGAACAAUAAGAGAAAACUAAACUGAAACAAGAGUGUAAGAAACUCAAACAAGAAGAGGUAAAACCCAAAUUUUACUGGAAGAAUUAAAUAAUGCUAGACAAAGUUCCUCUGAUACCUAGGAAUUUUUCUAUUGCAGAAUAAAUGUUUAAUAAUA